AUGUCGGAGAGCUGGUUUCAGCCUGAUCCCCACAGGCCAGGCCAAGGGACCCCACCGGUGCACGAAUUUUGUGCAUGGAGCCUCUAGUAUACUAUAAGGACAAAAAGGAGCAGUGUUUGAACGUGCUUUACUGGUGCUGUAGAAAUCCAUGUUCCCUUGGCUCCAGGCCUCUGGGAAAUGAGCAGCUCCACGUGUGCCUCAGCUUCUUCAGCGAGAGAUGGGGCUGAAUUUCUCCUCUUCAGGCAGUAAGAGGGAGCAUGGGUGAUGGCCUUCCAGGCCAAUGCAGAGGUGUAUGAUGGGGGAGACACAUAGUCUAGCUCAGUGGUCAGCAAACUCAUUAGUCAACAGAGCCAAAUAUCAACAGUACAACGAUUGAAAUUUCUUUUGAGAGCCAAAUUUUUUAAACUUAAACUAUAUAGGUAGGUACAUUGUUAUUAACUUAAUUAGGGUACUCCUAAGGCUUGGGAAGAGCCACACUCAAGGGGCCAAAGAGCCACAUGUGGCUCGCGAGCUGUAGUUUGCCGACCACGGGUCUAGCUUGUCUGAGGGUGUGGUGGACAGGCAGGCAGCCGGGAGAGGCAGACCAAGGCCACAUGGCUGCCUCCCUCAAAUGCAAGCUCUGGAAGGUGGGUUGUAGCUGGGGUUGGUGGUUUGGGAGGCCAGAGAAGAGGCAGUUAAGAUUGUGUUACUUGGUGGCGGCUCAGAGCUGGCCUGGGAAAAUGGCAGUGGAAAUGCAAAAGAGGAGAAGCCAGGUAGCACCCAGGCAACUGGAGGAUUGUGGCACUGAAGUGGGUUGAGGGGGAAGUGUGGGUUCUGUGUUGGAGGCACUAGGGACUAGGGCGGGCAAGGGGCACAGCGGAGGGCCCUGCUCUGUGCUCUGUUGGUUUCUGAGCUCUCAUUGAGCACUUGCUCUGUGUGAGGCCUCGUGCCAACCUUGGGCAUGGGAAAGUAAGGUACUGUUCUUGCUUUCAAAGAGCUCACUGUUGGGGAAUCCUAUUCUUGUACCUCACUUCCCUUCAGACUUCUUAGACGCUGCUCAUCAUGCUGCUCUUGCUAUUACUCUUUGUAGCCUCAGACACAGAGCCGCAGAGGGAGGCUUAACUUUGGCCCUCUACGUUUCGCUGGGCUCCUUGCACUCACUCCGAUCCCCACGCCCACCCUGUCUUGUUCAAAUUGUCUUCCCUUUCCACUUCUUGCCUCUCUACCUCUAUCCUCCUCGCUUGUUUCCCUCUCUCCCCCUUCAGUCAUCACCAUUUUCAUCUAAAUUUUUCUGCCCUGAUGGUAGCCUUUCCUGGUCAGCACUGUCAUGUUAUACCAGCAUCUCUUAUCCUGCGUCUGUUCUUCAUGCUUGAGCUGGAGUCCUGGACUGAGCCUGAGGUGAAGCGAUGACGCAUGCCUCUCAUCUGAAAUGUUGGGAAUGGCCCAGAUGCCACGCUGCUCUUUCUACCUGGAAGCUUGGUGAUGCUCUUUUACUUUGACAUUAUAAGGUCUAGAGUGACGUGCACCAAGUGUUGAAAAGGGUUACCUGGGGGUGAUGUGCUUUCUUUUUUGAACGUUCGCAUUGGCCUGCUGAGGAUGUCGUUUGGAACUAUCAGGAGGAAGGGCUGAACAUCUCUGCCCAGCAAGAGUGGCUGCUGCUCUGCAGCCUGUGUGCUGCCUCGUGUAUCUUGGCAGAGCUGCUCUGACUGUUGUAUCUUCUUUCAUAGCCAUGGUUUUGGUUUAUCCUGCACUCUACCCCUGAGGUCCCUUCCAGCUCGGAAAUGCUUCCAGUCCGUUUUCCUUCACCAUCCAUCCUCCUUGUCUUGGGCCACCAGUGCUGUGAUCUGGUGAAAUCUCAAAGACGCUAGCAAGAUGGCUGCAUUAGAGAAUUUCUUAAAUGCACGUCUGUUACUUUCAAGUACAUCGAAUGUCAUUGUGGGCGGCAAAAGUAAACCAGAGCUAUGACUGUAGGGCUGGUUAGCAAGUUGCUGUUGUUUUGGAAAGCGUUUAGUGAGUGUUCAAUUAGAAGUGAAAAAUGGCUCGAGAGUCUUUGUUGUGGGUGGUGCUGAGGUGGAUAGGCAGCCCUUUCUGAAAUGACUAAAUGAGGAAUUGCGGGCUUCAAGUCAACCAGAACUUCUUAUAUUUAAGAGUGUUUUGUGUUGUUGUUUUUUUAAAUAUAUUUUAUUGAUUUGAGAGAAGAAGGGAGAGAGGUAGAAACAUCAGUGAUGAGAAAGUCAUUGAGUGGCUUCCUCCUGCAUGCCCCCCACUGGGGAUUGAGCCCACAUCCCGGCCAUGUGCCCUGACUGGAAUUGAACUGUGACUUUCUGGUUCAUAGGUUGAUGCUCAACCACUGAGCCACGCCGGCUGGGCUAAGAGUGGUUUUUUAAAUGGCAUCUGUAACGUGGUCUUCAGUUCCCAGCAAAAGCAUCUCAGACCUACUAGAAAUGGGAUGAAACUAAUUAUCCCUGGAAAUGUGCUCAGAAGUUGCCAUACCUGUUCAAAACAUCAUGUGAAGUGCCAGGUCCAGUAUUUUUUUAAGUAUACAGGUUAAUGCCUUCACUAUAUUCACAGCCUUAUGCAGUAAUCACCGCUAUAUCAUUCCAGAACAUUUGGUCACUUGAAAAAGGAACCCGUGGGCAGUCAGUCACACUCCAUUUCUCCCAGCCUUUGGCGACCACUAUUCUACCUCCCGUGUUUGAGCUGAUGGUGGAUCAUCAUCCGGAAAUGGGCCUGGGGUUGCCCCUGCUGCCCCUGCAGGGGCCUCUCGCUCCUCCUCCCGGAACUUAGGAUCUUCUGGCGGUGAGAAGGAAGAAGGCAAAAAGGUCCGGCGACAGUGGGAGUCGUGGAGUACCGAGGACAAGAACACUUUCUUUGAGGGGCUGUACGAGCAUGGAAAAGACUUUGAAGCAAUCCAGAACAACAUAGCUCUCAAGUAUAAGAAGAAGGGCAAGCCCGCCAGCAUGGUGAAGAACAAAGAGCAAGUGAGGCACUUCUACUACCGCACGUGGCACAAGAUCACCAAGUACAUCGACUUUGACAAUGUGUUCUCUCGAGGGCUGAAGAAGUCAUCUCAGGAGCUGUAUGGUCUGAUCUGCUACGGCGAACUGCGCAAGAAGAUUGGGGGCUGUAUGGAUGACAAGAAUGCCACGAAGUUGAAUGAGCUCAUUCAGGUUGGGGCCACCACAGUGCGUUACAAAGGAAGAAACCUGCGAAUCAAAGCGCCCAUGUGCCGAGCCCUGAAGAAACUCUGUGACCCAGACGGCCUGAGUGAUGAAGAGGACCAGAAGCCAGUGCGUCUGCCCCUGAGAGUCCCCGUAGAGCUACAGCCACGGAACAAUCAUGCCUGGGCCCGCGUACAGAGCCUCUCCCAGAAUCCCAGGCUCAGGAUGAUCGUGGAGCUCCAUCGGAAGGUCUCCAGCCUCAUUGAAUUUUUGAAGCAGAAGUGGGAGCUCCAUGAAGUGCGAAUUCGAAAAACACUCGCGGAGCGGCAGCUGCAGGAUUCGUUUGUGGAGCCGUCACAGGAGAAAGUAAUGCUGCACCUGUUCCCUGGGGAGAACUGUACGCUGACCCCACUUCCAGGAGUGGCCCGUGUGGUGCACUCUAAGGCCUUCUGCACGGUGCACUGGCAGGAGGGUGGCCGGUGCAAACAGAGCUCCAAAGAUGCCCACACACUGCCUCCCGCUCAGAUCCUGGGCAUCCAGAGCGGGCAGGGUACAGCCAGAGGCCAAGUGAAGUGCCCAAGGAGCGGCACCGAAGGCAAGGGCGGGGGGCGGCCUCCUCCCUCCAUGGACACUUCUCAGAGCUCUGGAGAGAGUUCCCCUGAAAGUGCCCUUGGGGAGGGGGCUGCCCCAAGCCUCAGCAGCCCGAACGCUCCCGACAGGCUUCCCCCUGGGCUCCAGGAUGCUGGGGUACAGACCCCUACGGCAGCUCCUGUAGAGGUUGGGGACGGCCCAGCCCAAGAGCCCAGGGCCACGACUUGUGCCUGUGGCCAGCUCCCAGAGCUGGAGGAUGAUCUCUCUCUCCUAGACCCCUUCCCCCGCUACUUGAAGUCCUGCCAGGAUCUCAUCCUCCCUGAGCCGUGCCACUGUGCAGACUCUCGGCUCUCAGCCUGUGUCUCUCCAGAGACCCAAGCCCCCAGCAGCGCAGAGGUGGCCAACCUUACCCAGACCAGGGCACCGUCUCCUGUCCGUGGCCUAUCUGGCCUGGAGCCUCAGCCCAGCCCAGGGCUCCAGCCAGAUGCUUGCACUAAAGACUCAGCAGAUGCUCCUGUGGAGGAGCCCCAGGAGAAGGUGAGCCCCUCGGACCCCCCGCCACCUCAGGGACAGCCUUCUGCCAAGCCUCCAAAAGAUGUCCCUGCCAGCCGGCUGGCCCAGCAGCUCCGCGAAGAGGGCUGGAACCUGCAGACCUCCGAGAGCCUGACACUGGCCGAAGUCUACCUCAUGAUGGGAAAGCCAAGCAAGCUGCAGCUGGAGUAUGACUGGCUGGCCGAGCUGGGCCCCGAGGGCCAGGCCCCUGGUGGUUCCCCACCUGCCGCCUUUCACAAGCAGCGCCUCCUCAGCUGCCUCCUGAAGCUCAUCUCCACUGAGGUCAACCCCAGACUGGCUCCAGAAUCGAACGCCAGCUCCAUGGCCUCAGCGAGACCCGCCCAGGAGGAACAGUCGACGACCCCCCCAGGGAAGGUGGUGAACAUCAGCUCCCGGAGCCCCCGCUGCCCUCGAAAUCAGUCUGCCCUUCGCAACAGCAAGACCUUCUCUCCCAGCUCUGCGCCUUGUCCCUCCUCAGGUUUGAGAAACCCUCCAAGACCCCUCUUGGUGGCUGGUUCCUCUAGUACAGGAAGCAGUGACUCAGAUGGUGGCCUUUUUGCUGUCCCAACAACUUUGCCACCCAACAGCCGACACGGGAAGCUCUUCUCUCCUAAUAAAGAGACAGAAUUGACUUUCCUUCAGCAUCUGAACUCCAUCAGCAUGCAGUCGGAUUUCUUCUUGCCAAAGCCCCGGAAGUUGCAGAACCGGCACCUACGGAAGCCGCUGGUGGUCCAGGUCAGGAACGCUGGUCAGGUUUGCAUAGCUGGGCUCCCCCUGGCCAAGCUGCCCGACACACUGGUUUUCUCCCGUGUCUUGAGUGUUGAACUGAAAUGGAGAAUCCCUGCCACUUUCUCCCUUCUUAUGAAUAGGAGAACCCUGCUUCCUAGACCUUCUGAAAACCAGUCCCACAACGUCUGCUCCUUCUCUAUCAUGUCAAAUUCCUCCAUAACCGGUAGAGGCUCAUUCCGGCCCAUCCAGUCUUCCCUCACCAAAGCGGCUCUGUCUCGGCCGAUCAUGCCCAAGGUCCUUCCGCCCCAGGCCCCGGGCCACCUGGCCAGUACUGUCGACUUAGCAGCUACAAGUGCCGGCAUCAUCCCCGGGAGCCCCCUCCCUGUCUUGGAUGCUGAGGGUUUGUCUGGCAUCUCUCCACUGUCUUCAGAUGAGGCAACAGCUACCCUUUCGGGUCAGGACUCCACUGGCACGCUCCAGAAUGGCGACCCCAUCCCCACUGUGGGGGGUACAAGCGAUCCAUUCAUCAGCAUCCCCUCGAGGCCUGAGCAGGAGCCAGUGACGGAAGGUUUCCAGGGUUCACCUGUCCUCUCUUUAACUGAGCUGUCUAAGGCUCCUCUGCACAAUGGGCUUUCCACCCCACUGCCCUUGGCGGAGGACUCCAGCAGUCGGCUCUCUCCGCCUAACGUUUCUGCUCUGCUGGACAUCUCUCUCCCCGGGCCACCUGAGGACGUGCUCUCGCAGGGAGAGCCUGCCACUCAGAUCAGCGACUCCAUCAUUGAAAUUGCCAUCAGCUCUGGCCAGUACGGUGAAGGAGUCCCUCUUUCUCCAGCAAAACUAAAUGGCAGUGACAGUUCCAAGAGUCUUCCUUCCCCAUCCAGCAGCCCCCAACCAGACUGGAUUGCCUCCCCGACCCAUGACCCCCAGUGGUGCCCCAGCGACCCCACGGACUCGUCCCUCGGCAGCUUGUUUGCGAGCUUCAUCUCGGAGAAAGGCCGAAAGAUGCUGCCGACUCCAGUGGGGACCCACAGUGGCACCUCCCUGCUGGGCCCCAGCCUGCUAGAUGGAAAUUCGAGAGACUCGUUUGUGUCCAGAUCCCUGGCCGAUGUGGCAGAGGUCGUGGAUUCCCAGCUGGUGUGCAUGAUGAAUGAAAACAGCGUUGAUUAUAUAUCUCGAUUCAACGACUUGGCCCAGGAGCUGUCCAUCGCCGAGCCCAGCCGCCGAGAGGUUCUGUUUGAUGCCAGUGGAAGUGGUCCCCCUGUCAGUGACCUAUCCCAGUGAACAUACAGCGUACUCGUGGUGGGGGCAUCCUGGAGGCUUCAGAGGAGGGCUUACAGGGCUGGUGGUCCAGUCCUCAACUGUGGUAGGUGUAGAGAAAACACAAAUCAAGCCCAGGACCCCCAGAAGAUGGUCAGAAUAGAGACACCUCUGCACCCCAGAAUACGCAAAAUGCUGGAAGCUGUACCCCAACGGGGAGAGGGCCGUAGUAGCCUGAGAGAUGAGGAUGAGUCCUGGAAUGUCAUACAUCACUGGCAUUGGAGCCAUUCUUCGCCAGUCGUGGGAUCUCAUAUUGGGGUCUGUGUAAUGACCACAUAUCUGUCUUGGUUGUGUUGGACAGUUCAGUGGGUUUUCUUUCUGAAAGAAAGGAGGGGGUGUGUGCCUGGCGUAGUCGUUGUGCCCUGGGGAGUUGUAAUCUCCCUGCUCUCUAUAGGGAGGCUCCAGGUCAUGCUGCAUUCUUUCUGCAAAACCUGUACCACACUUUGAUUGCUUCUCUGCAGCGUGAUGAUGGAAGGGGAUGACGGGGGACAGCUGGGCCUGGGCUGGGCUUUGCCUGGUGGUAUCUGUACCCUAAGACAGCUUCAUGGGGACACUUCAGGGGACACUGAAGGUUCCCAGGGCAGCGUAACUGGAGCCAUCACCCCAGAAAUACUGAUCCUUGCCUAGUGCUUCCCUAUCUAGAUGUGUUUUCUGAACAGGACGGGGAAAGAAUCAUGUCUUGUGCAGGUUAUAUGGACUUUCAGAAAAGAAUCCUGCUAAGCUGCUUGGAGAAUGUUUUUCUUUUGUUUUAAGAAUUAGACAAUGAGGAGGUAAACCAGUUUAGUUGGUUUCCUUCUUGCAUCCAUCUAAAGUUUCUUCUAGGUGAUCUAUAACGUUAUUUCUAUUGGGACGAUCCUAAGCACUUGUUUAACCACAGUUAAGACUUUCCUGAUGAGUCCUUGAACUUCUGAUGUGUUACUGUUUAGCAUCUGAGACAAAUGUACUUUUCAGGGGAAUUUCUUUUUUUUAGUCUUCUCUUCCUUUCGUUGGCCUAAGAGCAGAGCACGCUGUGAUGUGCAGGUUUAAUCCCCCAUGUCUUCUUUUGCCCAGUGGUCUCUUAUUUUGCUCCUUCCUGUUCAGGGAAUGCAGACAAGGAUCAUACAUCCUGGUGCAGUUAGAGCACUGCCACAUCGCUGUAUGUGCUCCGUGAGCCUCCUUGGGUGACCAAUUGCCAUUGCAAGUAGUCCAGUUUCCAGUUCUCCCCCGGAAUGGAGCUAACAAGGCUCCUGUGUUUGCUCAGCCUCGGGAAACGCAACGUUUAAUUCACCCUUUAGCCACGUGUGGCCAGAAGCCAGUGCUCUUGUGUUGGACUAGUAAUACCUGAGCCACCAUCCCACCUGCUGCCUCACCCGCCCCCGACAGCCAGGAUCAUCCACCCGAACCAAUCUCCCUCUCUGUGCUCACCUUUUCUCUUCCCCUGACUGGCGGAGAAGGCGGCUCUUGAGGCCAGCCCUGGUCCUCUGCAGAGACUUCUCCACAAUGAGAGGUCAGCCUGUGUGCAAAGGAGAAGAAAGGUCUUUUGUGUGUGCAAGGAGAGUGGACACUCUUGAUCCCAUUGUCUCACCAGCUGUUUGCAGCCCUUUUAGGCUGCAGGCAGGGUCAUUCGCUCCCAGCCAUGGAGGAAACAGGACAUUUGGCUUCUAGGCAAUAGCUUCUUUUCUUUGUUUCAAUUGUUUCUCAAGCUUUUGCCUCUAAUGUGGCUUCCUUCUUUCAGAUCUGGUUCUAGGCACCAAUAUCACUAAGAAAAAGCCUUCUGGGCUCUUAGGAAAAGUCUCAAAGCUCUGGAGAUAUGAAAGAAAGGGACAUGCUAACACUUUAUUAAGAGAUAUCGACAACAUUGGACCAGAGUAUUUUUAAGCUACUUGUGUUUUGUGAUCAAUGUAUCAGCUUUCUGAAAUUAGCACCUUAUAUUGAGCUGAACAAGAUCAGGAUCGAUCUCUCACUCUCUGACACUCACUCUCAGGGCAUCUGACUGUGUUAGGUCUACAGUAGGAUAAUAGACCAGGCCAAGUUUAGGCCGUGACUAGCUUCCUCAUACUCCUCCACUGUCUGGGAUCAGGACCGAUCAAGUAACGUCAGAGCUGCAUGUGAUGCCCAGUGGCAGUGUGUACUGUGCCAGGACAGUAGGGCUCCUGAGCUGCUUGUUCAUCAGGGUCACCUCAAGGCAGUCUAGUUGGUAGGCUGGCACCUGUCACCCAGUGACACCUAAAAGGAGAAAAACUCUGAGACUCAGAUCAACUUUUGUAGCUAUUUAGCCGCACCCCCUGCCUGGGUUUCUGGCAUAGAAUCCGUCUGGGAGUAGCUGGCUGGCCAGUGUCAUUCAGUGGGGAAGUGGGCCAGGGAGGAGCGUAAACCGACUCUUCUCACCUCUAAUAAAACUCACAAGAUUCCAGAGAAUUCUGCUGCUUCCCUAGCAAUCAGAGAAGUGUGUAUGUGACAAACCAGUUCUCCAGGCAUAACCCAGGUGUGAGACUCAAAGCUUUCCUAUUGACUUAAAUUUGGAAACGGCAAGGUAAGGGGUGGUGGGUAUGUUGUAUGUUUGGAUGGGAAAGAAAAGCUCCACUGACCUGUAGGAGAUGUUUUUUAAGUGGAAUCCUUUUCAACUCAAAACAGAUAUAAAAAGCAAGGUGAAGAACACACACACACAAAAUAAGUAAUUGUUAAAGGCUGGGAUUUUCAAAAGACCCAAGCCUCCCACCUCCUGCAUCUUCCUCUGUCUCUCCAGUGGCAGGCGUCAUAGUUUCAGUAUGCACCUGUGGCUUCCUUGAGCAUGUUAUCAUUAAGAACAGGUCAGUUUCUGAGACCUAUUUCCGAGGUCACUCUAAUGUCUAGCAUCUUUUUGCUGAUUCAUCUUUUGUAAAGAGUGAGAUUGUCUCUGGUCUUGAGUUGGUGGUGUGGCCUUAACUCUUAUUGUGACUGUCCAGUGGUGAGCAUUUUCUUCUUUAGAAAAUGCAGAGGCAGAUCGAAGUUUAUGGUUCCACAUGAGGUUUAGGAUGACAUUUUUUUAUUUCUCUGUAUCUUCUAGGUGUAGGGCACUUGCUCUGGGAGUGGGGAUAAUUGGAAACAUUUCAUAAGUUGAUCUACUUGCUUCCCUACAUCUCUGGUUUCUCAGCCUCAGAGUCCCAUUCUUUAUCAUUCUGUGUCACUACUGAUGGGUGUCCUUUUCAGUGUAAUAGCAUUUUUACCAUCCAGUCCAAACCUGUGUGGAGAAAAAUGAUGGAACAGAAGCACUGGAAACAAGUGGACGAGAACAGCAGCUGCUGUGGGUUUUUGAUGUUUAAAACUUUGAGACCUAUCAGAUGCAUUUGUGAGGAAAUAGGGCACUUUGUCUUAAGGGGGAAAAAGAAAGAAACCGCAGCAAACCUUUCCUGACUAUCAAAGCUCUCUCCCAAUCCCACAGUAAUGUGUAAGUCAUGUUAAGUGAGUUCAGUCUUGGAAGCACUACAGCAACCUGUACCCUUCAUUCUGUAACAGGAUAACUGGCUCCAGAGCUUCUGGCCCAGGCAGCAGGACUUACUGCUGUUUCUUUUAAUAAUCGUUAAGCCAUAUCAUCUAAGGUUUUCGGCUUGUUUGAGAUGUGAAUUUGUUUAAUAGAUAAUAAAUAUACAUAUAGAGUGUAUGUAUAAAGCGGAAUGCCUGUCCUUCCUGAUUACUUUUUGUACCAUAUUGUAAAUUACAUUAUUUAUUCUUUACCAAUUUUGGGAAUAAAAGGUGUUUUGGUUAUUUAAUAUAAUAAACAAAAGCUGUUAAACUUCUUAUGUUUAAAUUUCCAGUUUAACUUGUAAAUCUGUUUUUAUUAUUGUGCAUAAAUACAUACUAAUACUUGAUCUAAUAA